AUGUCUAACCGCAACAUACAGGUCACGUGGAGAAAGGAUCAGUGUUUCGAUAUAUACACACAUCGUUUGAAUGAGAACCUUUGUGCAUUUGGUCAGCCUAGAGCAAAUACACACGCUCAUGUAGGCGUUUCGUGCGACUGUAAUCAACCGAAUGGCAUCGGUGAUGGAUUCAGAUGCACUGAAGAUUUAUGCAGUAGUUGUAAGUUUGCGUGUCACAAAGCAUCAAAAUGCCUACCGCCAACCAUGCAUUCCGAACAUGGUUAUACUUGUGCUAAAUGCGAUCCUAGCAAAGGAUACACUGGAGAUGGAUUUACGUGUAAAGAUAUUGACGAAUGCAGCGAUGAAACGUUGAGUAAAUGCGAUCGUCCAAACGCAGUGUGUGUCAACAAAAGACCGAUAGAAGACAACGGAUUGAAAUAUUCAUGUGAAUGUAAAGAGGGUUGGCGAGGCGAUCCUGACGGGGGAUAUGAAUGGCGUAAAUGCAAAGACACCAACGAGUGCGCUCUAAGGGGUAUAUGUGGCAAGAAUGCGAAGUGUGUGAAUACACCUGGAUCAUACUAUUGCUCAUGCUUCCCCGGAUUCGCAAAAGCAAACAAAAACAGAACGUAUGAAUGCUUCGAUAUAGAUGAAUGCCAAAUGCCGAAUCGAUGUACCGGUAAUUCGAGGUGUCUCAAUACUGAGGGUGGUUAUGAAUGCGUUUGUAAGAAAGGUUUUAUCGAGAGCCAUGACAACACGCUAUGCAUACGUACGUUCAUUGCACUAAUUAUCAACUGUACAUUCUACAAAUGUGUUUGUAAGGAUGGUUUCACAACACAACAGUCAACAGAUCCGAAUCGCUGUGUGCACAUUCAGAACUGUAUGGAUCCUGCGCUGAACGAUUGCGAUAAAAGGCCAGGAUAUGCCAGUUGUAUCGAGUUGCCUGGAAGCUAUGAAUGCAAAUGUAAUAACGGAUUCAGUGGUGACGGCAAACAGUGCACUCGUAACGAUUUCAGUCAUUGUGACGACCUUUUAUCUUUUUUUGUAGCCUUGAAUCCGUGUGUUCGUCAUAAUCCAUGUGCCAGCAUCGCUGGUACAGAGUGUUUCAAUGAAUACGGUAGAGCGAAAUGCAAGUGCAAGCAAGGAUUCGUGAAAUCCUUGAAAAACGCACUCAAUCCAAACGCACCAUGUUUCGAUGAGACCAGUGCAGCUGUGAGGAAUUGUAGUUUCUGCGAUAAUGCAACAUCGUUUUGUGAACGCAUCUUCAGAGAUCAACCGUAUUAUACGUGUAAAUGCGUUGAAGGAUAUCAAAUGAACGCUGCUGGAAAAUGCACUAAUAUAAACGAAUGCCUGCGAAUGUCCGAGAACGAUUGCGAUCCGAAUGCAAAAUGCAUCGAUAAACAGCCAGCAAUCGAUGGGGUUCGAUUCAAAUGUGAAUGCAAGACAGGUUUCACCGGUAGUGGGAAGAUUGGACAAUGUCAUGAUAUUGAUGAAUGUAAAGGCUUUAAUGGGGUGUGUCCGUUCCCGAACCAGAUUUGUAGAAACACGAUUGGAAGCUAUCAGUGCGAUUGUGACAAGGGAUAUCAGCAUCCGCCUGGGUUGCAGUCAUGUACUACCAUAAAUGAAUGCGAACAAGGCAUCGCAGUUUGUCCUCAAUAUAGUCGAUGUGAAGAUUUAGAUCAUGGAUAUGUUUGCAGAUGUUUGCCUGGGUUUAUCAACAGAACAGAAAAUGGCGAAGUAGUUUGUGCAAAUAUAGACGAAUGCAUCGUUGGGCUCGGUCCUGAUGCACCAAUAUCAGCAUGCGAUCCAUUGAACGGUAUUUGUAAAGAUACGUUAGGGAGUUAUCUGUGUGCAUGUCAACCAGGUUUUGAAUUGCAAAGUGACGGCAGAACAUGCGUCGAUCGCAAUGAAUGUGAGGAUGGUAGUAAUAAAUGUCUUCAGCACAGUAAAUGUGUCAACCUUUUCGGAUCGUAUAAAUGCGAAUGUGAACACGGUUUCACUCCUGCAGUUGCAACGCAUUCUUUGCGACCAAAAUGCCAACAAUGUUCAAGAUCGAUUUGUCGACAGCUUUCAGGCGAAAAUAUGUGUGUGAAGUAUUCUUCAAUAUGUGGUGCUGGCAAAUGUACCAGUAUCGAUAAGGCACCAUUCUACCGUUGCAUGUGCUCACCUCCGUUGAUAUCGAUUAAUUCAACUAAAUGCGUUUAUCCUAAUUACUGUGACGAACAAUUCAAAUGCCCAUCACAUUCAACGUGUGCUAACAAUGAAUGCGCUUGUGCUAGCGGUUAUUAUUGGCGUGAUACUGAUCAGUUUCCGCCAACCAUUCAAACCCUCAAAAAUCGUAGCACUAACUGCCAAGAGAUAAAUCUAUGCGCGGAGGGCAAUAUAUGUGCAGAUCCGUUGAAUUGCAAACACGCAGGACCUGGAAGGUAUGAAUGCGUUUGCGGUGAAGGAUAUGAAAAAGUUCCAGCCGAACAAGGAUAUUGCAUUGAUAUCGAUGAAUGUAAUCUCGACGCAAACGCUCUAUCAUGUCCAGUCAACUCGCACUGUGAAAACCUCCAAGGCGGUUAUCAAUGUUCCUGUAAUAAGGGAUAUACGCCAAGCAUAGGAAGGACGGAUUUUUUGUUUUGCAGUUCACUGACAGAUCCAGAAUGUGUUGAUAUGAAUGAGUGCGAUGCUGGAAUAGACGACUGUGAAUCAAAGAAUGCAACGUGUACAAACACAAUUGGUUCAUUCGAAUGCGUUUGUGCGGAUGGAUUUCGUCAUGAAGCACCUAAUUACAACGUGUGCAGUGGUGUGAAUAUCAUUUUUAUAUCGAUGAGUGCCGCGAUGGCUCAGCAGAAUGCGACGAAAAUGCUUAUUGUAAGAAUACGAUGGGGUCAUACGAAUGUAAAUGCAAAGAAGGCUAUUUCGGGAACGGUGCCAUUUGUACGGGUAAUGAUUUCAGAUGUGGAUGAGUGUAAUCCAGCAGAUCCUAGAAAUAACUGCAAUAAAACAACACAACUUUGCGAUAAUCUACCAGGUUCAUACAAGUGUAUAUGUCGGAAAGGAUACCGAUCUGUUCAAGGAGGAUGUCAAGAUAUCAACGAAUGUUUAUCGUCACAUAACAAUGAUUGCGCCAAAAGGAGUGGCGAUGUUCACAUGAAAUGCGUCAACGAUGAGGGAUCAUAUCAUUGUGUCUGUCCUCGUGGAUACUUCGAGAAUGCGAACGGUAUUUGUGAAGAUAUCAACGAAUGCAAUGGUACACCAUCUCCAUGUCCACCGACUCCUGUUGAUCUAUGUGUUAACACACCUGGUAGUUUCAACUGCACGUGUAAGCAAGGAUUCAAGAAGCCAAGCGGAUGUCGUUCUCCAGCCGAGUGUCCGUGUGUAGAUGUGGAUGAAUGUAAAGAGGGAAUACUGAUGAACAAUGGAUCACUACGAUCGGCAUGUGGUACAGCAGCGAAAUGCUCGAAUACUCUUGGUGGAUAUACGUGCACAUGUGCGCCUGGCUACGAUGGUGAUGCUUACUUAGCAGGCUGCAAGGUUUCCGACAUUUGUGAGGCAGCGAAUCCCUGCGAUAAAAAUACGCAGGUUUGUGAGCAGGACAAUGGAAAAACAUUUUGUAAAUGUAAAAUCGGAUUUUUGUCAAUCAACGAGUACGAGUGUGGGGAUAAUCCGUGUGCAUAUGACAAGGGUGUAUGUGGACAAAACGCAACUUGCCAUCCAAAACGAGACGGUGGUAAGUACAUCGCACAGUGUUUGUGUGAACAAGGCCACCAACUUGAUCAGCAUAAGAACUGUGUCCCAAUAGAUUAUUGUUCGUGUAAGACAGAACCGAAAACCUCACAGCCUUGUAAGAGUGACCAAUACUGCACAGCAGAUAACAUGCUUUGCAUGAAUACUGGUAAGCUGUAUAAUUGCACAUGUGAAACAGGAUACAGGUUAAACGCGAGCGGAACUACUUGUGAAAUCAGUGGCAAAGACCGUGUUAUGUUGCAGAUAUUGACGAGUGCACAGAAGGUAUUAACGCAAAUGCGAGUAAUAUCGCGUGCGAUACAUCCGCUCGAUGCAUUGAUACCGAAGUCACAGCUAUCAAGAUGUUGUGAAAGGAGUGAAUAUUUUGUAAAAAUUUCAGUUGAUACUCCAAACUGUAGUCGUGAAAAGAAUUGUAUUGGCGAUGUGAAUGCGUACUGCGCUCAAAUAAACGACUCACAUCGUUACUGUCAAUGUAAAGCCGGUUAUGACGGUGACGCUAUUCCUGGUGGAAUACCGUGCAAACCGCAUGAUUACUGUAAAGAAGCUCGUAAGGUGGUCGACGGAGAGCCGUGCAGUGGGCAUGAAGUUUGUGUGAAUCAAAACACAAGUUACAGUUGUGAAUGUAAAAUUGGUUUCCAACGACUGAAUCCCGGAGAUGAGUGUAAAGCAAGACAUCAAACGAUUCAGAUUGCUGAUCGCUUGAUGCAAGAGGUAGUAGUAGAGCGAGUUGUUUCCUCGUUGGACGUGUUAAUGCAUUCGUUCAAAAUGAAGCAAGAAGUGCUUAUUGCAGAUGUGGACGAAUGUGUGUUUGGGUCAGUUAGUUGUCGUGAAACUUAUCAGUGUAAGAAUACAAUUGGAAGUUUUGAGUGUGUAUGUCCGGACGGUUACCGUAAAAACGACACGACUCAACUUUGCAAAGAUAUCGACGAAUGCGUUGAAUUGUCUCAAAUCUGCAAUACGCCUGAAGAACGUUGCGUGAAUGUGCCAGGUAAUUAUCGUUGCGAAUGUAAUCAGCCUGCUUACAUUUCAUCUGGUGAAUACUGUGUUGACCAUAACGAAUGUAUCACAAAUGAGUAUAAUUGUCCAUUGUUUUCAACAUGUGUCAACACAGUUGGUGGCUACAAUUGCACAUGCAAACGUGGAUUUCGUAUUGCUCUUGUGAAGGAUGACAAAGUCGCAUUAUGUGAAGAUAUAGACGAAUGUGCUGAGGACAAAAAUGCAUGUCCAUCACACUCCAAGUGUAUCAAUCGUCCGGGUACAUGGGAGUGCUUGUGUGAGCCUCCAGCGAUACAACGUGGCACACGAGACUGUGUGAUGAGCGCUAAAUGCCCCGAGUGCCAUGAACAUGCACACUGUCUAAGAAGUGAACGACCCGGCGGUAAUAUUUACAAUUGCACAUGCGACGUUGGAUAUACGGGGGAUGGUGUGCACACGUGUAAUCCAAUCGAUGAGUGCACUUUGGGUAUUGCAAAAUGUCAUGUGCAUGCAGAAUGUAUUGAUCUCACACCUCUCUUCGAAUGUCGUUGUAAAGCACCAUACUACACCGGAGACGGCACCAAUCAGUGCAACAGUGUUGACUUAUGUCUGAACCAUAACGACUGUCCGAGCGAUGCUCAGUGCGUUUCUCUUGAUGAACGUUCAUCACCUCAUUUGGUCACGUGCAUAUGCCCUAAAGGAUUCAUUUUCAACAACAGUACACGAAAUUGUGAGGCACGCAUUAUUCACAUAAUCUGCUUGGGUAUUCGUCUGAUAAUGUACUUCGAUGAUUCAGACAUCUUCAAUAAUUCAGAUAUCGAUGAAUGUGCUUCGAUCGACAGUGCAUCUCCGUGUGCUGCUAUGCCCGUUGGCACAAGCUGCAUUAACACGCAAGGCUCGUUCUUCUGUAAAUGCCCUGCCGGAUACUUAAUGAACGCAUCUGGCACCCUCUGUGAUGAUAUCGAUGAAUGCCGUACACCAAUCUCAGAAUUAUGUGCGCAAUCAGGUGGUAUCUGUUCGAAUAAUCUCGGUUCAUACGAAUGUGUAUGUCCUCCCGGAUUACGUCCAUCAGCCGGCAAGCAACGUUGUGUUGAUGUCAAUGAAUGCAUGGAAGGAAUUGAUGACUGCGACAAAAAGACGACAUCGUGUUUCAAUACAUACAGUGGCUAUAUGUGCAUUUGCAAUUCUGGACUUGUUCAUGUGCCACAGAAGACCAACGUCUGUGAAGACAUAGAUGAAUGCACACUUGGAAUGCACAGCUGCACCGCUCUAUCGGAGACGUGUGUGAAUACAAAUGGUGGAUUUUACUGCGAAUGCAGUAAAGGUUAUCGUCGAAAUGAAUAUAACAAUUGUGUGCCGAACAAUGUUUGCGAUCAAUCCGUGCGUUGCGGUAGAAAUGCGCUAUGUGUUAUGAGACCGUCUGAAUGGGAUCCAAAUGAUUACCAACCGACGUGCAUCUGCAAAGACGGCUACUUUGUUAGCCAAUUUCGUCUCGGCAAAAAUCCAGAGGUGUUAUGUGAGCCAAUCAACGAAUGCAACACUGAUGACCAGUGUACUGCAAAUGCGCACUGCGAAACAAUUUUGCACAACAUCGGUAUGGGCAAAUUUUAUCAGUUGCAGGCGACAUAUGAAGUGAUUGCAGGAGGCCAGGGAGGUGUUGAAACAAUGGCGAUGCAUAAGUGCAUAUGUGAUAAUGGUUAUCGACUGAAGGGUACCUUGUGUGAGCAGAUCAACGAAUGUAUCGAACAACCGUCCAUAUGUGGCAUCGAUGCCACUUGCGUUGAUCUUGAACCGUUCUACAAGUGCGUUUGUGCACCCGGAAUGGUUAACGUUGCACAAGGUAGCGAGAUGAUACAAUGUGAACCGAUGUCAUGCGAGAACACGAUCAGUGCGUGUCAUCCAGAUGCGAAAUGUGAAAAUAUCGAUGGGGGUGGUUAUCGGUGCGAGUGUCCCGCUGGUUUCGUUGGCGCGGGUACACCGAAUUUAGGUUGCGAAUCAGUUACAUCAUGUAGGAUUAAUCAUCAAUGUAGUAAGUAUGCAACUUGCGUGAACGGUAACGGCACCAACGGCAUAUCGUGUGUUUGUAAUCCUGGUUUCAGUGGUGAUGGAUUCACUUGCAACGACGUGGAUGAGUGUUUGACAAACGAUGUAAAUAUUUGUGAUUCGAAUGCGACUUGCAUAAAUUCGCAAGGAUCGUUCAGUUGUAAAUGUGCAGCUGGAUAUGAAGGAGAUGGAUCACCUGGAAACUGCAAAGAUAUCAAUGAGUGCAGCAGUCCGGUUCUGAACAAAUGCGACUCAUCAACAUCGAUAUGCCGAAAUAAUGAUGGCUCGUUCGAAUGUGUUUGUUUGGCAGGAUAUGAACAUGUUGGAGAUAAUCCCAAUUUGCGUGGUGACUAUCGAUGCGAUUGUGCGGAAGGUUAUCAGAACACAAAGGAUCAACAUUCGUGCAUAGAUAUCGAUGAAUGCAAGCGAAAUAAUCCGUGUGCGGUGAACGCAAUCUGUUCGAAUACAGUUGGUUCAUUCUCUUGUUCGUGUGCAGACUUGUUCGAAGGUGAUGGAUCCACGCAUUGUAAUCCGAUUGAUCAAUGCAAGAAUUCAACUCUGAACAUUUGCGACCCAGAAACAACUGUGUGUACGAUGAUUGAGGGCCAAGCAUUGUACAGAUGUGUGUGCAAGCAAGGCUUCAAACCUUUAUUGAGCUCUAAUGAACAGUACCGUUCUUGCGAAGAUAUCAACGAAUGUAAUGGAGGGUAUGUUGAAUAUGAUGCCACGACUCAAGAUUGUAUCAAUACAGUUGGUAGUUUCGAAAUUCGUUGCAAGAAGGGUUACAGACUAAAAAAGUCAUCGGGAAGAUGCGUUGAUAUAGAUGAAUGUGCGGAAGAUCCAGCUUAUGGUGAAACAUUGCUGAGAUUCCAGACUGCGGUGAGCAGCGGUUAUUUUUUCAAGAUGAGUGAUUGGAAGCAGUGGGUGGUAAGACCAGCAAUUAAUGGAAGUGCUUACUCGAUUUGUUAUGAACGAGCGAUGAGAUAUGAUAAUUGGUGGUGGUUUUCAUCUGCGUCCUCAGUGUUACCUUUCUGUAGAAAUGGAUUGUAUCAAGAACAUGGAGUUUUUGCUGAAUACUACUCUAGCGGCAUUAUUCAGGGUUUCGAAUGUGACUGUGUACCCGGACAAAUAAGACGUCAGGGUGGUACAGCACAAACACCUGUGCUUACUUGUGAUGGUUCAUCAUGUUUAGAUAUCGAUGUUUGUGUAUACUUGAAUUGUUCGUCAUCUGGUGAAGGGUGGAUAUGUGAUCGUAUGAAUCGAAAGUGCCUUUGUGACUCGGCAUCUGGAUAUAUGACGAGGUUCAAUGCAAGAGGCAUUCCAUACUGCACAAAACAUGAAUGUACGGAACUGGAUACCACAGGUCCAGUCACUGUGAAAAAUGCAAUGUAUCGCAGUUUGUUCAAAUGUGACCUGAAAACACAUCGUUGGAUACAACCUGCUGGUUUCAUUAUUGUGCGCGAUGUAGUUACAAGUGUUAUUAUUGGACUUGAAGAUAUUAAUGAAUGUGAAUAUGUGGAUUACUGUUGUAACAGAACGUCAUCGAGUAACAACGAUGCAUCACGCUUUGUGAAAUGCAUUAAUUUCGAGGGUGGCGCAUCGUGUCAAUCGAAAUGCUCGGUAAAUUCGGCGUGGUAUCUGAAAUGUGAUGGCAAUAGCUUGAUAUGCGAUUACAGCAAGUGGCAGAAAUUAUUGGAUGCACCAACAGCACCUAAGGGUACUGUGUGCUCUCGACUCACCGAUGCAAACGGAGUUUAUAUGGAUUUCCCGUCCAUGCAUGCACUCGUCACUGAAUUGUGUAAAUCGAAUUUCUAUUGUGCUAUGCCACCGCAUCCAAUAAACGAUAUUCGCAUGUUACCGACAUUCAACUAUGAGGGCAAAUGCAUCGUUAAUAAAUCGCAGUUGUCGCGUGUCAAGUGCCCAUUUGGUGAUUCACCGCUAGCGCUUGAGGGUUAUGUUGGCAUUUAUGCGUUUUGUCCUUACAAAUUCAAUACGACCGAGUGGCCAGGUGCGAAUCCGAGCUAUCCGAAGCGUGAAGGGAAACCGAUGCAGCUGUCGUGUUUACCAGAUGGUCUACAUUUGUCCAAAACAACCCAGUUCUUCCAGCUCGAUGUGGAUAGCUAUAGCAUGGAAACUCUGUAG